GAUUUGUUGGAUGGAAAUGUUUGAUAAUAUUUUUAAUGUUACUCAUUCAGGAAACAGUGUUAGUUGCAGGCCAAGCAUACUUCUUGGGAUUAACAAUACAUUAUUUGGACAGCACACAGGAAUUCAGUCCAUACAAUAUUUAUGUAGCACUUGUAGGAUUUUUUGUCAUAACUGCGAUUUAUGUGUUUACAUAUACCACAAGUUACUUUAUGACAGAAUUAUAUGGAAUGAAAUUAAAAGUAGCUUUUUGCAGUGUUAUAUAUAAGAAAGCAAUUAAGUUAAGUUCCUCCUCUCUAGAGAAAUCUAAUAUAGGACAAAUGGUGAAUCUUCUAGCAACUGACGUCAGCAAAUUUCAUAAUAAAAUAAACAGCAUUCCAUAUUUAUUUACAAAUCCUUUUUUCAUCAUUGUUACAAUAGCGAUGUUGUGGAAAUAUUAUGGGUGGACUAUUUUAGUCGGAUUCUUGGCCAUAUUUCUCUUCAUUCCGAUACAAAUUGCUUUCAGUAAACUAUAUUCAAAACUAAGAUUACAAGCAGCUAUAUUGGGCGACAAAAGAUUAAACCUGUUGAACGAGAUGAUUGCUGAUAUGAGAUUAAUCAAGAUGUACACCUGGGAAUUGCCAUAUGCUGCAUUAAUAGAGAAAAUCAGAAAGAACGAAAUGAAAAAAGUUCGGAUGUUUUUAUGUGCAAGGGAAUUAUUACAAAUAUUGGGAUAUCCUAUAUCAAAAUUAUGUAUUUCCCUCACAUACAUUGCAUUCUUUUUAAAUGGAGGUCAAUUAAAUGCCGAAAUCAUAUUUGUCACUAUGGCAUUUUUCUUUUACAUAUUCCACAAAAUAUUUAUUCUAUGUUCUACAGCAGUGAAUUUAGUGGCAGAAAUUUUUGUUUCAUUGAAAAGAUUUCAGGAUUUUCUCCUUCUUCAAGAAAAAGACAGCAAUGCAGUCACAAUUGCAACCGAAGCAGCAAAUUUAACCAAAUGUGGAAUAUGGAUGAAGAAUGUAACAGCUGUAUGGAAAAAAGAGACUGAGCCAACAUUGAAUGAUAUUUCCUUAAGCAUAAAAACUGGAGAAUUGUUAACUGUUAUAGGUCCUGUUGGAUCAGGAAAGACGUCUCUAUUAAUGUCGAUGUUGGGAGAGAUUCCAAUAACUUCUGGUAAAGUGUCGGUGAAAGGAAAGAUCGCUUACGCUUCACAAGAAGCUUGGGUAUUCAAUGAAACAAUCAAAGAAAAUAUCUUGUUCGGAGAAGAAUAUCAAGAAGACAAAUAUAGAAAAAUUUUGCAUAUAACGGCCUUGGAAAAGGAUAUAAGCUUAUUUCCUAAAAAAGAUCUGACUAUUGUAGGAGAAAGAGGAGUGAUUAUGAGCGGUGGACAAAAGGCAAGAAUUAAUCUAGCAAGAGCACUGUAUCUAGAUGCAGAUAUUUUCCUCCUUGACGAUCCACUAAGUGCUGUUGACGUUCCAGUGGCGAAACAUAUAUUCGAAAAAUGUAUAACGGAAUAUUUGAAAGAAAAGAUUUGCAUUCUCGUUACACAUCAAAUACAAUUUUUAAACUCUGCAAGUAAAAUUCUAGUGUUGAACAAGGGAACAUGUGAAUUUAUUGGGAGUUGCAACGAAAUAAAAAAUUUUCAAAUGUUAACAGGAAUAUUAUCAGAGCAGGAAAUAGUUAAAAAUAGCAUUGAAGUAGACACUGCACUUUUUAAAGAAGAUGAAAUAAUUGAAACUAUUCAUUCCACAAUGUCUGAUGAUAUCGAAGAUAAGAACAACAGCAAUGAGGGAUGUUCUCUUAUUUGUGGCAUAUGUGUCCUUCAAGCAAUCCUCUAUCCUUACAUACUCAUACUGACAUCUUUCCUUUCAAUGAUAUUCUAUGCUUUUUGGACAUUGUUCAGCCGAGUGUUGAAAAGCCUAAAACAUAUAGAAGGGAAAUCGAGAAGUCCAGUAUUUUCUCAUCUGAGUGUAUCUCUUUACGGACUUACAACCAUUAGGGCAUUCCACGCUGAAAAUAAAUUCAAGUCUUUGUUUAAUAAGUAUCAGGAUAAGCACACUGCAACUUGGUUCCUUUUCGUGGGUUUAAAUCGAUGGAUGUCCUUAUACGGUCAAAUCGUAUGUUACAUAAACUUAAUUAUAACUGUUACUAUUUUCACCGUUUCAAUUGAUGCAGAAGAUGCAGGAAGCCAAAUUGGACUUGUUAUCAAUCAUGGAAUAUUAAUAUUUUUGUAUUUUCAAAACAUCAUCAGGAACACAUCUGAUGUGGAAUUUCAGAUGAAUUCUGUUAAACGCAUACUGAACUACAGCAAAUUAAAAUCAGAGGCAUCAUACGAAAGUUUGCCUAAUAAACGGCCACCCUCAAACUGGCCACAAAGAGGAGAAAUUCAUUUCGAUAAUGUUUCUUUAAAAUAUUCCAAAGAUAAAAAUAUUGUUUUAAACAACUUGACCUUUCGUAUUCGCUCGGGAGAAAAGAUAGGAAUUGUCGGGAGAACAGGAGCAGGAAAAGAUCCAAUGUUAUUUACCGGUCCUCUUCGCAGGAACAUCGAUCCUUUUAAUGAAUAUUCGGAAGAUCAGCUAUGGCAGGCAUUAGAACAGGUACAAUUAAAAGAAGUUAUCAAUAAAUUGCCCGGGGGAUUGGAUACACAUUUAUCAGAAGGAGGGCGAAAUUUCAGCGUGGGAGAAAGACAAUUAAUUUGUCUUGCCAGAACGAUUCUUCGCCGGAAUAAAAUUCUCGUCAUGGACGAAGCGACAUCCAAUAUAGAUAAAAGCACCGAUUCCCGUAUUCAAAAAGUAAUUCGAGAAAAGUUCAAAUCUUGUACAGUGCUGACAAUAGCCCAUAGAUUACACACAGUCAUCGAUUCUGAUAGAGUUCUGGUAAUAGACACAGGAAGACUACAAGAAUUCGACUCGCCGUAUGCAUUACUCAAGAACGUAAAUGGUACUUUUUAUAAUUUGAUAAAGAACACGGGAGUAACUUCAAUGAAUGAGUUAUACAAAAUUGCAAAAAAUAGAUAUUAUCUUAAAGAAAGUACAGAAAUUACUAAAUUAUAAAACAAUGGAUUGUCUUCGACAUUCACCUAUCUUUUGUAUAUUCGUGUUAAGAUUUUUGUUUAAAAUUCUGUUUCUAGAAAUAUCUCUCACUACUACUAUUUACUCGUACGUAAAACAUAGAAUUGUUAAAAGCUUAAUAGUAGUUGUUUGUACUUCUGUUAGAUUUUUGCUCUUUAUAUUAAUCAUGAAAUAUAAGUACAUAUAAAUUAUAAAUUACUUAUUAUGUAGUUAAUGCCUAUUGUAAUAAUAAAAGCUAGUAUACUUGGCACGAAAUGGCACCUAUGACUGCAGUUGUUACUAUGUUUUAUCAAUGUAAUUCACCUAUUAUAAGCAAUCAUUAAUAAAAUCUAGU